GUUGGGAGGUAACAUGUGCAGCUGCACACAUGUAAACACAAGGGCUCCGGUAAUCGAAAAAAAUAUAUAUCUUCGUUUUCGGAAAUUGGAGUGAUUUAAUAAAUUCUUCAUAAAAUCAUCUUCAGUAUUCGCACAAUUGCGGGGGUAAAAGGCUAUUGCGGGGGUAUUCGUCGUGUACGUGACAUUUGUAUCAUAAAAAUCGCGUGGAGCAACCUCUGAGGAGGCUGGAAACCCCAGGAUUACGUGAGGAUUUGGUCCAUGAGAUUUUGAGAAUAAAUUGUUGAUUCCUGGCUUUUAUUGUUGGGGGGACAAUGGGGAAUAUUGGGGCGAAACUGAUGAGGCUUGCGAAGACUUAUAAUGUUGGCAAUAGGGCCCAGAAGGUCAUCAGCAAGGAGAAACCGACACCUGCUCCGAGCUAUCCGUCCACUGCCCAGCAGAUAGAAAUUGCUGAUCAAGUGAAUCCAAAUUUCAUGAAGACUCAUUACAAACAAGACCCAGUCUUUCAUGAUCGAUUGAAACACGUUUACGUGACGUCGAAUGCUCAAUUCGCGAGUGAGGAACAAAGAUCGGAGAAACUACCACAGAAUAAAGAAGGGUCUCAAGCGUGGGAUUAUGGGUUUUGGGAGCCAGAGAAAGCGCAACAGGGAAAAAUCCUCCUGAAGGAUGCUUUGAAGUUUAUGUCUGACAAUACGACUGAUCCCGAGAAGAACAACGCGAAAAAGAUAGCAAAACAGUACAAAUUAGCUCACAAAGACGUCGAGAAUAUUCUGGAGUACUACAGAGUCUUCCAGAUAAUAGUCCCACCUAAGGACACUCACCGAUGGAAUCUAAAGGUCCCGAGCAUUACAGAAAUUCUGGGGAAAUCUUCAGAAAAAAAAGUUUCUAAAGUAGAAUGAGACUAUUUUCUUCAGAAUUGCGGAACAAUUUAAAAGUUGAAUACGAUUUUUUAUUAAUUGUGCGAUUAUCUUGCAAAGCAGUUGUUUUAUCAAAAAAUAUCAAAAGACCUUUUUUGUAGAGGAUUCAAUUCUCCACAAAAAAGUUUAUUGACAUUUCCUCCUAAAAACACUCCUUAUCGAGAUAAUUGCCAUAGUGAAUAAAUGAAGGAUAUUUAAUAGCUGUAUCAAAUAUUCUCGCAGAGAAUACUGUACAUAACGAGUAAG